GGUAAUGUCUGUAGAGUUUCUGUAGUUGAGAGGGCGUCAGGUGAACUUGUCUUGGCUCCCACGACGCACAAUCACCCGAGGCAGGUGGGCGCAGGCUCAGCAGCCCGAAUUACUAAAAGGACAGAAAAGGAGGCUGUCGCGAAUUUGUUUAAGCCGCCGUCUGCAGUCGUUAACGAGGUGCUAAUGGAGGAGCAGACAGAUGAUCCCUGUCCCAGUUUGCCACAGCCGGUAAACCUCGCCAAAGCAGCUAACCCUCUUCGGCAGCGAUUGAGACUAGCAGAUUCUGUAGGUUCGAGUUUGAAUUCCAGCCCGAACACAUCCCCUGAGAACUUUCUCCGUGGAGAUAUUAAAGUUAGUAUUCUACAGUCAAUGUGAAAGGCACUUGCAAGCGAAGUUAAAAAGUUCUUGCAACUACUUCAUUUAUAUUUUCACUAUCAAAUGUUAUAGUUGCACGCGUUUAUUGUACUAUUUAUUGUAUUAUUAGGGAAGUUAUUAAGUUGUAUUUUAUAUAGGUUUUAAGAUAGAUAGAUAAGCUGAAUUACCAAGAUAACAUGAAAAGUAUAUCUUAAGCAGCUAGAAUAACGUUUUGUUGUUGUUUUUGUUUAAUUUUACAAGUAUGUGGCCGUCGUCACCUUAUCUUCGCCACCCAGCAACAGCUAGAGGUGUUAUGUAGCGCCAAGGCUUGGUAUAUCGACGGUACUUUCAAACUUUGCCUUUGAAGUGAUUCCUGUGCGAAGCAGGUGCCGCUCCUGUUUGCGAUCAUGUCAUGGAGAAAGAAAAGCGACUACAAAGCCCUGAUGAAAGCUGUAUUCGAGUUGCUGCUAAGAACACCAUCCGUGAAGCGAACGACACUUCAUUACCGAAGAGCAGUUUAGAGUGUCUUUCGAAAACUCAUGCCGGUAGUGACGAUCCAGGGCUGUUGUUUUCAUAGGAAACAAGCCGGCCUAUGGAGAAAGGUAUGUCAAAUUAAAUGUUCGAUGUAAUCAAUGUUAAGUCUGUCAGGAGUCAGAAAGUGGACGAAAGUACAUUUGGCCAUUUACAUAGCUCUAGAUAUAGAAGUGUUAACUCUGUUUACUACAAUUAAAGCUCAAAAUCUGAAAAAAAAAAAAAAAAAAAAGAACUGAACUAUAACCUUGUUACAAACGAAGGAAUUCUCGUCUCUGACGAUUAAUUUACAAGUCGUAAGUCUCUUUAUUAAAUACCUGAUUUUUGUUUUGUUUCAGGUUCAAGAACCUGGCCUACAAUCGUCAUACCAUCACGACCGAGGUACUUACCAAUUGCUUCGCAAGUUCAUGGCCCUACCAUUCCUUCCAGCCGGCGCCAUUCUAGAAGCGUUCUUCAAGCUGAAAAGAAAGGCCAACACAGACCAGCUGAAAGCCUCCGCCAACUACGUAGAACAGAACUGGAUCGUCAUCAACACCUGGCCGCUGUCCUGUUGGAGUGUUUACCUAAGAGCCAUCCGGACAAACAACGACGUAGAAAGAUGGCACAACGGGCUCAACAGACGAGCGCAGGUAGGUUAA